AUGCUGCCCCAAGAAAUGCUCUCGCUGCUCACACUUUUCUGUGUUUUCAGGGCUUCUCUUUCUGGUCUGGAUGAGGACGAUGACUACGAUCUCAUGUACGUGAACCUGGAUAAUGAAAUUGAAGGUCCCGUUCUCGGUGCUGAGGAAACUGCUUCCUGUGACUGCCAGCGGGAGCACACCGAGUGGGACAAGCUCUUCAUCAUGCUGGAGAACUCGCAGAUGAAGGAGAACAUGAUGCUGCAGGCUAUGGACGACGUCCUGAAGGUGGACCUGCAGACACUGAAGGCAGAGCUGGGCCAGCUCACUGCCACCUUCGCCACCACCAUCGAGAAAGUCACCUCCCGCGUCAUGUCCCAGAUAGAGGAGGUGUUUGUGAGGAGCGGUGCCCAAGCUGAAGGAGCCAAGAGGCUUCAGGAGUGUGAGCAAGGAAAUGUCCUUGAGCAGGUCCUGCAGCUGAGCCACAACAUGUCCAGCAGGCUCGGCCGCCUGGAGAGCACCUGGCAGCAGAGGGCUGAGGCAGAGGCUCAGGAGACAGCUUUUAGACAGGAUAAACUCAGUCCCACCAGAGGGGACAAUCUCGUUCUGAACUCUCUGUGGAAGGAGCUGCAGCAGACCAGAGCUGAACUGAAGGCAUCGCAGAAAUGGGCGGCUCAGCGCUUACUGCCAGCAGGGUGUGAAACAGCAAUUCUGUUCCCCAUGCGUUCAAAAAAGAUAUUUGGGAGCGUUCACCCAACUGCUGCGAUGACCCUUCGCUCCUUCACUGCUUGUAUCUGGAUCAAGGUGACCGAGGCUUUGGACAAAACCGUUGUCUUCUCCUACGGCACCAAGUUCAACCCAUACGAAAUCCAGCUUUAUCUCAGUCGUGAGUCCGUGGUGCUCAUCGUUGGUGGUGGCCAGCACAAGUUAACUGCCAAAAAUGUCAUCGUUUCUGGGAAAUGGAUCCAUCUCUGCGGUGCCUGGAGCUCGGAGAAUGGAUCUGCGUCCCUAUGGGUGAAGGGCGAGCUCGCAGCCACCGCCUGGGACAUUGCUAAUGCUCACACCAUUCCCGAUGGGGGGAUUUUGCAGAUUGGGCAAGAAAAGAAUGGCUGCUGCGUUGGAGGUGGAUUUGAUGAAGCUUUAGCCUUCUCUGGGAAAUUAACAGGCUUUAACAUGUGGGACAGGGUGCUCAGUGAUGAAGAGAUGGCAGCGCAGAGCGGAGAAGACGCGUGCAGCUUCAGGGGCAACGUCGUCGGGUGGGGAGUCACAGAGGUUUUACCGUACGGAGGAGCCCAGUACAUUUCUUAA